GUGGGUUCUUAGUUCUCAGAUGAUUACAAAUAAAGAAUAAAGAUUAAAAAUAGUGAAUGACAUUGGUUGUUACAACAAACAUUGUUGCUAGGGUGGUUGUUACAACAAGUUAGCAGUCAAAAGGCAGUUUGAAUAUUGAAUCCGUUUAAUCCUUGUCAAAAAAAUGAGUGAAACUAUAAAGCAAAUUAUUGCACAGUUGAACAAGCCUCCUUUCAAUAAAAAUUACAACUUGAUUUCCUUCGACUCACUUUCACCAGAACAACUCUUGCAGGUAUUGAACGAUGUCUUGUCCCUUAUCGAUGAAAACAAUAAAGUUGACAUUAAGGGCGAAGAGCCGGAAGAGACCACCAUAAGGAUGCUGUCCAUGCUAAGGAUCCUUAAAUAUGAUCCAGGCUCUGACCCUGUUGGAUUCCGGCAAGGAAUCGUCCAAGGUGAAAAACAUGUUAUCCAUCCAAUUCUAGCCUGGCUGCUUAAAAAUUUGGAAGAUCUAAAGAAAAGAGCUUAUCUCGCUAAAUACCUGGUCAAAAUUGAAAUUCCAACAGAAAUGCUUGGAGAUACUGACAUUGCAACACUUUAUGAGCAGUAUGAACAACUAAUUGAAGAAUUUAAAUUGGCGCAUAAAGAGAGUACUGCUCUUAAAGCAAGGGGCCUCUCUGCAUCCGAACUCCGUUCUGAUAUAGAAGCCAUGGAAAAAGAGAAGGAAAUUGUGGUGAAAAAAAUUGAAAGACUAUCCAGAAAGUUGGACAAUUUAGAGAACAAAGAAGAAGUCCUGGAAGCGUCCAGACGGCUUAGGCUGGAGAGGGAGAGGCAGAAAGAGCUCAUCCAACAAAGGCAGAACGAGAUGGACUUGAUGCAACAGCUUCAGCAGAAAUCAGCUCGUCUAAGUCAGCAAUUGACGGAAAUAAGGCAAGCAGGAUUUGGCACAACUCCCCAAGGGCUGAUUAAAAGCCUCGAAGAAGAGUUACGAAUGACUGCGUACAUCGGAUCGGAGAAAUUGCCAAAAGAGCUUGACAUGAAACGUAAAGAAGUUGAGAUCAUGUCACGGAUAGCACACUCUCACCCUCCAACUCAAGCCACCAUUGACACUCUUCGGCAAAAGAUAGAAGCGAUUAGCCAGGAAGUCAGCGAAUUGGCUCAGAGAGGACUCGCUGCCAAAGAAGGCACUGAAGAUCAUCUUGCCCCUUUUAGGCAGCAAGCAGCAAUCAUAGCGAGGAGGAAAGAAGAGGCUGCAGAAGAAUUCACAGAAGCCAGAACUCUACUUGACAGGCUUCAGGCGAAAAUUCAGGCAAGAAAAGAUGAACACAGUGAUAAUAAAGUUUUGUCAGAAAAGGAGUACAAAGAUUAUGUUGCUAAGUUGAAAGUGAGGAGCACGUUGUACAAGGCAAAAAAAGCGCAGGUUUCCUCGUUAGUUGCGGAAUCUGGGGUUUUGGCUCGUACCCUUGAUAUUCUCAAACAAAAUUUGGAAUCAAUACCCACAGCAGAGCCGAUAGAUCCAGGCAAUGAUGAAAACCUUGAAGGAAUCUCAAAAGAGGAAUUACUUCAGCAGAUUAACAGCAUCAACAAUAAAAUAUCUUCCCACAAAGCACAAAUUGCACCCCAGCUUCAAGAGCUAAAACAGACAAAAGAUCAGUACCAUGAAGUUUUAGAAGAGUACACUGAAAGAAAAAAAGGUUACGACACAAAAGCAGCUACGUUAGGUGCUUCAAUUGCAAAACUUGAACAUGAGGUGAAGGAAUUAAGCAGGGAAGAGGAGACGGAUAAGUCACAAACUGCCUUACUCGAAGCUAAAACAGAUAUAAUGAGAGCUCUUCUCGAAAGAGCAGAAAACGAAGGGAAAAUCAUCUCAGAGGACAGGCCAUCGCUCAGGGUUAAAAUGAUGAACAAGAUCGCAGAAGCUGAAAAAUUAAAUAUAAAACUUCGGGAAGAGCAGCAAAUCGUUAAAGAGCAACAGGAGAAAAAGGCCAAGCAAAGAGAUCUUUGGUUCAACCUCGAAACACUUUUAAAGUGCAAAGAAGACUGUUUUGAAGCCGAAAAACAAAGGGACGGCGUAUUGAAAAGAGCUAAAGGAGCAGAAACAUUAGUUUUCGAAUAAAACAAUUAUUUGUU